CUCGCAAUGGCGAAGCAGCUCCUUAAUUUGAUAUCUUGAUUCCGUUUGCGUGGAUAAUUUCACCGCCUCUCACGUCCUGGAGUACUAAUAGACAGUGAUUGGAAGCUUAGAACAAUGUAGUUGCUCUAUAGGGCAGUACAUGGAUUGCCGCAUUCGCACCCAUCUCCUACACGCCUUGCUUAUCUUGGUCUUCCAUUCUAUGACUCUCGUUGCAUCCCUAUCAGCCUUUCACUUUCUCCUUGUCUAGUUGACCACUGGACAUAUAGAGCUACAACAGCUACAUUUGACGCUUCCAAACAACAGUCCUUCUACCCGUUACCACGAUGACAAGUACUGCCUCUUUUAUCUUGCACUUAAUCAUACCUGACACUCAACUCAGCUCUGAACUCCUUCUCCCCAGCUCAGCCCUUCAUGCCCACUGCCGCCCCCUCAGCACCGACCGCCAUCCCGCCCUUGGUCUACCGCGUGCACCACGCUAGCGCGCAAACCCGCUACGCAUUCUCCACCGGCUUCUCUGCCAAGAACCAAACCACGGUUCUGAACUACACAUCCGCUCUCUCGCGCUUCGGCCUCGCCCAUCUACACCAUCAGACUAACAUCUCCUCCCCCUUCAUCAGCGUGUACGACAGCCGCACUCACGCCGAGAACGUGGCCAAACACUGGACAAAAGAGAUGGGCGAGGAUACCUUUGUGGUGACAGUGGACACGCGGCAUUUUGCUAGGGGGCCGGUGUUUAGAGCGGCGGAUUUGCUGAAGGAUGAGAUGGUGGGAGGGGGGAAGAAAGAAGGUGACGACAACGAGUGGCUGCAUUGGGGAGAGUAUCUGGUCAUGUAUCGGAUUCCGGCGCAGGCAAUCCGGGAUCAGACGCCAGUUGCAAGGGGUAUGGAUCAGAGGUGGAGGACUGUUGGUGUUAUCGGUGGUGCGUGAGCCGUAGGGAAUGGUCCCCAGAUUGGGGUCGUCGCAUCUUUCAUAAGCUAGAUCAUGGAUCAACAUUUCGCUUUCUUGCUGCUCGUUUCUCCCCAACUUGAUCAUGUCUAGUGAAGAGCUUAAUUUGGGAUGAGAUAUUUCUAGCAUUGGCUCAUACCCAAGCCGUGAUUGUUACGAAUGACAGCCGUCCUCGGCCAAGCUUGCAGAGCCUCGUGUGUAUCUUCCAAAUACCAUCUCGCCGAGUAGUACGCUUCCAGUGACAGCAAAUAAGAAUCCAAUGUUGUAUGUCAUGACGGCCAGCAUGCUGGUACGUGGUUAGCUAAAGGGUUUUCUGCUCUCAUACAACUUGUAAGGGCAUACAGUAUGUACCCAAUCAACGCUCG